AAUUCAAAGACACUGGAUCAGUCAGAGCAGCAGGGGGAUGGGAUCUCCCUCUCCCUGGAGGAGCAUCUCAAUGCCCUGUGCCUCCUCCGAUCCCUCGGCCCGACCCCAAAGCAACUGUGUACUCAACUGGAGCAGAUUCUCCUCCGAUCUUUUCCAGGACACCCACGAGAGCACCAAAGUGAUGUCAACCGCCCUCUACACCCAGUCUGUCAUGGAAAGAGCAGCUAUGGCUCUGUUUGACAACUGUUUUGUGGUUUUGGAGCUGAAGAAUUUGCCUUAUAAGGAGAAGAAUAGGCUGAAGCUGGCAAUAACAGAGAAUGGGGGCAGCAUUUCCUAUGUGAUCAAUAAGCAGUGUACUCUCGUAGUGACGAGCAGUAUGUCCAGUCUGAGCUCCAGUCGGGUGCGGAGCAUGAAGAAGCAUCAGACUCCAGUAGUAGGGGUGGAGUAUGUGUCACUCUGCCUGGAGAAGGGAGUCCUGCUGCCUGUAGAGGACUACUGCCUGCCCCCCCCUCCCUCUACCUCUCUCAUCCCACCCAGGCCUGCCUCUCCCUUGCCAUCUCAGUCAGUGUUGAAGGGAACGAGCCAGCCGGCUGAAGUUCAGACCCAGACAGUGAAUGCUGUAAAUCAAGCCGAGAGGGCGGGGAAUCGGGAGAGUACUUACCUGGGCAAAUUCAGAGUGUAUACUGAAAGUGACAAUGAUCUACCAACAUAUCCAACACAUUUCCAAGUGGCCAAGUACUCCAUUUUUGGAAAGUGUGUGUACCUAUGUGUUUUCCAGGCUAAUAGCAGCACAUGGUCGGUGUUGGAGCUGCAGAGUGGCAGCGCAGAGGGGGGACAGCAGCAGUACCGUGUGGUGAGGUACUGGAGAGAGGACCAUGGUGCUAAGUCAGCAGCUGUGCAGGACAAGCAGGUGUUCCUCUCCAUGUCAGAGGAGGCUGUGGAGGUCUACCAGACUCUCAGGAAGGAGCUGCAGGUCAGAGGACUCACACUGAGGACCACCCUCCCUCCAGAGGCUCCGGAUCUGGGCUCUGCCAGCCUGCAGCAGCUGCUGCUGGAGGAGAAGCUGAGUUGCAGCAGCCUAUCACAGGAAGUGGGCGUGUUCGUGGAGCUGCUCUGGGCAGAGGCCCUUGGUUGUCUGGACAACGUCCUCAAGGUUCCAAUCACCAGCCUCAGUCUCAACGAUGUGAGCAGGGCUGAGGGGCUGCUGCUACAGGUCCAGAGGAAGCUGAGGGCGAGACAGGGGGAGGGGCCAGACACUGAGGUGGCUUCUCUAAUGGAGGAGGUCUACACCCUCCUGCCACACAAAACUGAUCUGUCCCAUCUCCCUCUCCACACUAAACUCAUCUCAUCGCAACUGGACCUCUGCCAGUUGAUCAGAGACGUGCUGAAUGUGAGCGAGGCAACACUGAGAAGCCCCAUCCCUUCUUGUCUGGGGAAGUACCGCGCCCUGAGGUGUAGCAUUGAAAGAGUUCCCCCUGGUCCUGAAUUUCUGUAUGUCACCGAACUUCUACAGGACAGACAGGUGCAGAUCUUGCAGGUGCUGAGAGUAAACAGAGGGGUAGAGCUACAGAUGUUUAGGGAGGAGCUGGGGAACGUUAAGCCCCUCCUCCACUCCUCCAGCCCCAGCAGCUUUGUGGGGAUCCUGUCUCGGGGUCUGUUGCUGCCCAGAGUUGGAGUGGAGCAUCAUGGGAUUGAGAGAACAGACAUUGGGAACUUGGGCGGUGGCAUCUACUUCAGUGAUGCAAUCAGUACCAGUUUGAAGUACUCUAAGCCCAGUGUGACGGACGGCAGUCGGCUGCUGCUGGUGUGUGACGUGGCGUUGGGGCGCUGUACUGACCUCCAGAAGAGGGACAGCAGCCUGACUCACUCCCCUGAGGGAUACCACAGUGUACACGGGGUUCGCCACACCCCCAAGAAACCCUCAGAGUUUGACGAUGAUGAGUAUGUGGUGUACAGCCCGGAGCAGGUGAGGCUGCAAUAUGUGGUACAGUUCAGACUGGAGGAGGACCGGCUGAAGGACUUCCAGCCCACCAUAGAUACUUCUUCUACCGAGCUUCCGCUUCCUGUCUCUCCGUCUGACCUCUUGUCCUGUGGUGAGGCUGAGGAGGAUGUUGGGAGCUGUAAGAACCCUCUAGAGGAGGUGACUGCAGGCCUGUUGGACUGCUCUGGACAACCACUCCCCCUACAGGCCGUUCAUGUCAGGGCCAGGCUGAUGGAUCUGCUCUCCCAGGUCAUCAUCUUCCAGACAUACACCAAUCAGAGCACCGCCCCCAUCGAAGCCAAGUACGUCUUCCCAUUGGAUGAUUCUGCUGCUGUGUGUGGUUUUGAGGCCUUCAUCAAUGGGAAACAUGUAAUGGGACAGGUGAAGGAGAAGCAGCAGGCGCGUAAAGAGUAUAAACAGGCCAUAGAGAGAGGCCAUGGAGCUUACCUAAUGGACCAGGAUGCACCUGAUGUUUUCACCAUCAGCGUUGGGAACCUGCCUGCCGGUGCCACCGUCCUUAUCAAAGUUACCUUUGUCACCGAGCUGGUCGUCAUGGAGGGCUUGAUCAACUUCUCAUUGCCCGGUAGUGUGGCGCCAUGGCAACAGAGCUCAGCGCUCAACCAGAGGACUCAGGUGACUUUGGAAAAGGUGUGUGUGACCAACCUGGAUUCCCAAGGGGAGUUCAGUCUGGAUAUGUCCAUUGAGAUGCCCAACGAGAUUAUCAACCUGCACUGUCUCACACACAAAGUCAAGAUCAAGAGGACCGACUGUAAGGCGGUGGUGAGGACAUGUCCAGGUGAGACUCUGGGUCCAGAUGGGUUCCUGGUCUGCUUCAGUCUGGCUCAGAUCCACCUACCCAGGAUGUGGGUGGAGAAACACCCAGAUAAAGACAGCCAGGCCUGUAUGCUGGUAUUUUACCCAGACUUUGAGCCCUGCCCCACCUCCAGCCCCAUGUCCGGCUCCAGUGAGGUGAUCCUGCUGUUGGACUCGUCUGAGUCCAUGAGAGGAGAAGCUCUCCAGAACGCCAGGAGAAUCGCCCUGCAGCUUCUGAAUACCCUGGACCACCACAGCAUUCGAGUCAAUGUCAUCUCCUUUGGCUCAGACCAGAAGGAUGCUUUUCUCUCUGCCAACCCUCUAGUCGAGGCCCUCCAACCAGCCAAGGAGUUCAUCAUGUCCUCCUCACCUGUUGGGGGCAGCACUGAGCUGUGGAGGCCCCUGCGCAGCCUGAGUCUGUUGCCUCCGUCGCAUGGCAUGAGGAACCUGCUGCUGCUAUCAGACGGUCACGUCCAGAACCAAGCCCUGACCCUGCAGCUGGUCAGACAGCAUGCCCAGCACAGCCGCCUCUUCACCUGCGGCCUCAGCCCAACAGCUAAUCGGCACAUGUUGCGGGCCCUGGCCCAGGCAGGGGGAGGGGCCUAUGAGUUCUUUGACACAAAGACAAAGCACACCUGGCGAGAGAAGGUGGCGUGCCAGGUGAAGCGCAUCGUGUCUCCAGGCUGCAGCUCUGUGUCUGUGAAGUGGCAGCAGUUUAACCCCUCAGCUCCCCCCCCUGUUCAGGCGCCCUCUCAGCUCCACGCACUCUUCACUGACUGCCACACCCUGGUCUACGGCUUCGUGCCACACUGUACACAGGCCACUCUUCUUGGAGACCUGAGUGGUCAGAACAUUGAGACAAUGGUGUCCACCACUGAGCUACAGAAAACCAGGGGCACGUUCCUUCAUAAGCUCACAGCGAGGGCCGUUAUCAGAGACUAUGAGGAUGGCAGUCUUCACACCAACGAGGCUGAACAUGAGGGGAAGAAAUCAGUGAUGAAGUCCUUCAUCAUUGAGCUGAGCAAAGAGUUCUCCAUCCUGUCUCAGUUCACCAGCUUUGUUGCCAUCGAGGAGAGGGACUCAGAGCAGCCUGACGCGGGCUUCACAGAUGUUCCCAAACUGAUCUCAGACGAGGACGUCGACUUCUUACCUUACCUUAGCUGGCAGCAGGAGGAAUAUGAGGGAGAUGGGAUGGACUCUGGAUCAGACUCAAUGUCAAACUUGCUGAAUGGUGGGCUAGGGCAUGUUUUAUGCAGAAAAAUAUGUCUAAAGGAGAGGGGGAUGGGGGAGGAGCAUGAAUUGAUGGGUCAACUCCAGGUGGAUGACGAAUCAUGGGAAGGAUCUGUGAACUUACGUUCCAAAUGUCUCAAUCAGAGGGCUACGGAUGAGGUGCCUCUUGGUAGGAUACUUAAUUCCUCUUACUUCAUGGGCCAUAUGGUCUCAGCCAGCCCAGUGACCUUGUCCGCUGCUACCGAACCUUUAGAUAUGACUUUGAAGAGUGAAGGAGCUGUGACGGAUGAAGAGAUGGAGUACUUUGAUGACCUGGACUUUGAAUUACGGGAAUUCAUGCAUAGUGAGGCUCUGUCCUCUUCUUCCUCUCCAACUCUCCACACGCUUUCAGGCAGCCAAUGCAUACCACGCACCCCGUACCUUACUACCACUAUGCUGCCUAUGGCUAUGGAGACGGAUUUCAUCCCUGAGCUGUGUGGGACCUUCUACUCUCUCCCAAAGAUAGUGAGGCUUGCGAAGAGUAGAGAGGGAGACUUUAGACGGGCGGACAGACACAGGAAGGUUUGUGCCGGUUCGGCAUUUGACCCUGUAGAGACACAGAAGAAGUCUCUCUCUGUUGCUGAUGUGCCUCGUCCUCCUCCCUCUGUUCAUCAUCUUCAGAUCAAGUCUUGCGUUGUUGCUGAUGCUUUUCCUCCUCCACCCCCUGCUUCUGCCCUCAGUUCUCCUGGUCCUCCUCCAUCUCGACUGCAGUCUUUCCCUGCCACAGUUUCAGAUGCUCUUCCUCCUCCACCCCCUGCUCCUGUCCUCUAUUCUCCUUGUCCUCCUCCAUUUCGAUCUCAGUCUUUCUCUGCCGCAGUUUCAGAUUCUCUUCCUCCUCCUCCACCCCCUGCUUCUGUCCUCAGUUCUCCUGGUCCUCCUCCAUUUCGACUGCGGUCUUUCCCUGCCACAGUUUCAGAUGCUCUUCCUCCUCCACCCCCUGCUCCUGUCCUCAGUUCUCCUGGUCCACCUCCAUUUCGACUGCAGUCUUUCUUUGCCGGAGGUUCAGGUUCUCUUCCUCCUCCCUCUGCUCUUGUCUCCAAUGAGUUUCGAGCGAUUAGAUACGAGAUGGGAGUUCAUGCCAGACCUGGAGUUGGGGCUAUCUCCCAUACUGCAACCUUCCCGGAACUGCAAGCCGGUGGGGACCUGCUACUUUCCAAACCCCAAGAGGCCUAUCCUGUGGAACAGUCGUCAAUGUGUGAGACUAGCAAAAUGUGGACCUUGGAUAAUAGCUUAUCUGAGGAUAAGGAUUGUGGACUAGUGGAAAUGGACCACUGGCAACCUUCUGUUGUCCCUGCUUCUGCGCCCCCAUCAGGGUUUGGUUUCGGUGGCGGAAGGGCAGGUUCUCAAAGCAGACAACCUCACGGCUCUUUGUUUGGGGCCACAGCCAGUGCAUGUUACAUUCCAGAUUUAUAUGAGGCUUCUUCAGCAGGCGGACCACCUCUUGGAGGCUCAGCCAGAUCAAUGGGGUUAAGUUUUGAGGCACCACUUACUGGCGGACACCUCAGCUCCCUUUCACCUACCACUCAUGGCGCCUAUAUGACCCCAUCUUUAGUGCCCUUAGUUGGAUCCUCUCAGUUUAAUAGCUCUCUCAGUACACUACAACAACAUAAUGUACUACCACAAGCACAAAAACCUCUGGAUAUGAAAAAAAACGUACAAAAACUUGUCGGAGACAGUGAAAGGUAUGUGUCAGCGUCCGUUCGUCCGUCACUUUGUCUGUCUGUGUAUGACCUCUAUUGGAGACAUGUAUUGUUAUGUGUAGCUCUGUGGUAUCCUAAUGAGGUAGGUUUUGAUUUCAGGAGGGGAGGUCUUGAAUUCAGGAAGAGAGGUCUUGAAUUCAGGAAGAAUACUCUUGAUGUAGUAAAAUGGACAGAGAUUUUUGCCCUCCAGCACUCGGAAGGUUACUGGGAGUGCUCUGCCAGCCUGGGCUACCUCCUCGGUGUGGAUGUGGACUACUUUGCAAAUGUCUUCCUGAAGAAUAGAGGCAUCAGCUCUCUAGGUGUGAGGGCCCAUGCUGACAUCCUGAGGCUGGUGGCCAGUCUGCUGGUGCUGCAGCUGAUGAGGGUGAGGAGGCUAGAUGAGGGGAAGCUGCUGCUCAGCCUGUUCCGUCUGGACCUGGACCACUCUCCUCCUCAGCCCAGGUGUGAGCGCUGGGAGGCGGUGAGGAGGGCGGUGGACUGGGUGUGUUGGGCAGACAAGGAGUACCCGUGUGUGUGCAGCAGGCUGGAGUUUGGCUGGGACUGGGAGUCGUCCACACGGCAGCUCCUGGGCAUCGACCCCCCGCACCCCCUCUCUCCCCUCAUCCUCCUCGGGACCACAGGGGGAGUGAGGGCCCAAUGACUUCCAGGAGGAGAAAGGUGUAUGACCAGUAUAUACAUCUGCAGCUAUUGCUUUUACUAUUUCACUUAUUACGAGGUUAAGGUACUAUGCUAUACUGAUAACCUCUUCAGUGAUCAAAUCAGUUUUGUAAUUACAAAUCUUUGCAUUUAAAGGUGUGAUUUUAUGUUUUCUCAAAAUACAAGAGCAAUCAUUUCUAAAAUGUAUUGAUACUCCUCAAUCUAUGGCCAUGUUUUAUAUCCAUACAGCUGUCAUUGUGUGAUUUCAGACCUUGCUCCAAUUUUCUUUCUGUUUUCUUUGUCUGACUGAAAUAAUCCUCUGACGGAUAAGCAGAACAGCAGGGUAAUGUGGUCAUGCUAUUGGUCACUCGGGUUCCUAUUCGAGCCUUUACACACACACCUUAAAGCCUUUCUAAAAGAAUGGUUUGAUUUAAAGUGUCUGUUUCACAAUAUAUAAACAUAGUCAGCUUGAAUCUGUGUGUGUUACAGCACGAAAGUCGAAUCCGACUCGCUAGUGUUGUGUUCACCACAAGGUGUCGCUACAAGAAAGGUCAAGGUUAAUGACUAUUAAUAAAGAUGUAAAUCAAUGCAUACUGGGAGAAGAAUAAGAUGGAUGCCUACACCAUACAGUAAAGUCACAUUCAUCUUACCUUUCAGCCUGGACUCUAUUACUGAGUAAGGUCUUCAGUUACUACAUACAGUACUACACAACAGAUAGCUGGUUGAGUAAGACCCUCUGUGUUCUGGAUCCACUAGCUGCUGAAACUCCAUAACUUUAAUAUUCUGACAACAACAACAAAAAAUCUGAGUUAGCUUGCCAUGAUUCCACAACAUCCAUAUCACUGUCAGUCCCCCUUCCUGUUGUCUCUUCUGACCCCUGAUGACCUGAAGGUGUCAGAGGAAGAUCCUCUUGGCCUUCUCUACGGCUAUUUUGUCCAGUUUUGUCUUCAAAUGAUUGUUCACUUCUUUUGACAGAAUUUCCUCGUACAACCUUUGGUCAUAUGGUUGACCAACUUGGCCACACUUGUUUCUGCUAUUGAGACAGGUGCAUGAACACACAAGUGCCAGAAAAUAAGGCCCCCACCAACCAGAGGCACGCCAAUGACCAGGGAAAGAAAGUAGAUGGUCAUAUAUUUGUCAGUGAAAAGAUCAGAUCCAAACAAUAAAGCCACUUUUCAUCCA